AUGCCAGGUGGAUCAAGAUCCACCUUAGAAUACAAUAAUGGGGUAGAAGAAGUGGAAGAAGAAGUGGGAGAAAUAGAAGGAGUUGAAAAGGGAAGCUUAAGGAAGAAGAAAAAGAGGAGGAAGGGAAGGAAGGAGGAAAAUUGGGAAGGGUGGAAGAAAUUAAGGAGGAGGAAGGAGGAAGAAGAAGGAACAGCUGUAGAAGAAGGGGGAAUGAAAGAAGGUACAGCCGUUGAAAGGAUAGAAGAAGGAACUAAAGGGGGGAUAGAAGUUGAAACUAAACGUCGCCUUGGCGCGACAAUCGCACGAUUCACCUUGAACGCGCACCUGUCGUGUUCGCUGAGUCAUCGUUUAAAAGAUAAGAUCACUUGA